CUUCGGCGAAGGGUGGACAACGUUUACAUUGAAAAUACAGAGGAAAAGCCUUUGGUAUUUUUUUGUGUGUUUACAUUAUGGUUUUCUUCUCUAGCAACUCAUAAUAUUAAGAUUGUUAGUAAGAAAAUGCAUUGAAAAAAACUUUUUGUACCCGGAAGAAGUGGUUUGAGUUAUAGUGUCAAUAUUUUAGUGAUGCACAGCUCCGUCGUCUGCUCUGCUGCAAUUUUUAGUGUUGGGAAAAGUUAAAGUUUCGAUAGUGUAUUUACUUAAUUUGCCCUAUCUUCUGUUUGCAUUUUCGUAAUUGGCAACGAGCUUAAAACUGUUUUCCAAGCUGUAUGGAAGCUGUUACAGGCUCUGGACUUUUGUCUACUGGCUCAUUUUCCCUUUACCAAAAUGCUUAACUAACUGAAGUUUGGUGUAUCAGCUCAUUUGUUACAGUCAAAUUCAUGACGAGUUUAGCUCAAUUUGACUUUCAAACUCUUAAAAUUGAGGACUCAAGUGUGUUAGAUUGCUCGACUAUGUCGGGUGAUCGCGUUGGUAGGGUGUUAAGAGGAAAUCCGUCUCAGUAUGUCAAACUAAACAUCGGGGGGUCCCUGCACUACACAACCAUUGGGACCCUAACCAAACAUGAUACUAUGUUAAGAGCAAUGUUCAGCGGUCGCAUGGAAGUUCUGACAGACUCUGAAGGUUGGAUUUUGAUUGAUCGAUGUGGAAACCAUUUCGGAUCUAUUUUGAAUUUUCUGCGAGAUGGAUGUAUACCACUGCCUGAGUCUGCGAAAGAGACAGCUGAAUUACUUGCUGAAGCCAAAUAUUAUUGCAUUUCUGAUCUCGCUGAAAGCUGUGAACGAGCCUUGCAGAAAAAGCAAAGGGAUGCAGAGCCGAUUUGUAGAGUAGCUCUGAUUACAUCACAGAAAGAAGAGCAACUCCUCAUAGGCUCAACAACUAAGCCUAUAGUUAAGCUUCUUAUAAAUAGACACAAUAACAAAUACUCUUAUACAAGUACCUCUGAUGAUAACCUCUUGAAAAAUAUAGAGCUUUUUGAUAAGUUAUCACUUCGGUAUAGUAUGAGAUUGAUGUUUAUAAAAGAUGUUAUUGGAUCUAGUGAAAUAUGCUGUUGGUCUUUUUAUGGACAUGGGAAGAGGGUUGCUGAAGUUUGCUGCACCUCGAUUGUUUAUGCAACUGACAAAAAGCAUACUAAGGUUGAAUUCCCUGAGGCAAGAAUAUUUGAGGAAACUUUGCAUUUAUUUCUGUAUGAAGACCGAGCCGGACCAGAUCAGGAGCUAAUUCAAGCUACUUCUUCUCGCUGUGGUGCAGUGGCUGGAAUGUCUUCUUACACUAGUGAUGAAGAAGAAGAGAGAUCUGGCCUAGCUAGACUUCGUUCCAACAAGCAGAACAACACCUAGGGUCGACAGCAGCUCCUGGAAAGGUGACCAAGCCAACGUCCAGGUGCUGCUCUGCGCGAUGAUACCUGGAUAACUCGAAUUCAAAACUUCUGGUGAAUAACCAGUGACCUUAGCGCUGAUAAAAAGAUUAUUUUGAUUAAAUUCUUUAUCUGACAUUUCCCUCAUCAAAUGGGAAGCAGACAGAUAGUCAGUAUUGUAUCCUCUUCUUUUGGAAUUGUUAAGCAGCAUAUUGUAUGUAAUACAUAAUAUACUGUGAUGUAUCGAAAUUUACCUCUUGACAAAAGCAGGCAUUGAAAGAAUUGCCAUUAAUUUCAAGUUUGCUUUUUAGUUUACUUUUCAAUUGGGGUGGAAAUGGUAGCCAAAACACUACAUUCCAAUUUAACCCAUGUGUAAGAUGGAUAUGUUUCAUUAAAAAAAGUUAUCAAGCAAAAAAAAUUGAUAAUCUAGCCAUUUAAGUUGUUAUUUUGAAAGUUUUCUUCGCAAAGAGUGGCUUCUAUUAUAUUACAUAGAAAGUUUACAAAGCCUUAUUUGACUUAAAAGCCUUGUUAGAGAGAAAACAUUUUGAGCAACCAUUGUGUCGGGUAGUGAGUCAUGGGCUGCUUGUACAUGAAUACUUCCAGACUUUACAGUAUUCGUACCUUUUCCUCUGCUCUGUGUCAAAAUAUGUGCCCACACAACAUGUACUCAAAGAUCUUUGUCACUGACACUUCUUUCUAUUGAUCCCAAAUAAGUAUUGUUUUCCUUGUGCCAAAGUAAAUCACAUUAACGUAUUAUACUAAAUUAAAAUUGCCAUAAAAUAUGUUUUCAUUAUUUGAACCACGGUACAUUAAUAGAAGUGGUUUGUGUGAUAUUUUCCCUCUUUAAUCACAUGCAUAAUUUUAUCAUUCUGUUAACUGACUGUGUGUGUAAAUGGACUCCAUCGCACAUGUUACAUGUUUAUUCCAUCUGCUGAUCAUGAGAUUAGUUUAAUUAUUCUGCUAAAAAAAGCUGCUAUGACUGGAUGCACUGUAAUUGUCUGUUGAGAUUGUUUUACAGCAAGUGUCUUGUUGGUUUUUCUUUAAUACAGUGUAUAGAGAACCUUAACUUCAAAUACUGACAGGAAAAUGGUAAAAACUGUUAAGGAAAUGCAGUAAAUGAGACUCAAUCUUUGUUUUUUUAUUAUAAAAGAUAUGACUGUUAAGUUAUCUUUUUAUUUUCAAACAUUGUUGUUUUUGUUGGAAGGUUAUAUAGUAUUUAUAAACUUUGUGUUAUCUUGACACAGUAAACAUAGUACUAUUGUUUCCCCAAGAAUGAAUGUCUUAUGAAAUCAUGACCCCAUAAUUUGUUUGCUAGGAAGUGUUUCAAAUGAAACUGUCGCUGCCAUGGUUACUGGCAUGUGGUUACAGGUAACACCUUUUAUUCUGUAUCAUAGAUGUACAUUGUAUUGGAAAUGAGCCUCACCAAUCAUCAUGUUUGACACUGCACAGGAAUGCUGCUGUCUGACAGGCACAUUCAAUUACUUUUUGUUUUGUGAUGUGAAGGGUAUAUGUAGCAGCAACAUACAUGUUACUCUUAAGGACUAAUCGCAUGUUUAGAAGAAGCAAAACUAUCUAUUGUGGCUGUGACAUUGGAAAAAUGAUGAGAUACUGCAUACGUAUUGAGGGUGUGUGGGGUUUCAUUCAUCACAAAUUAUUUUAUUAUUCUGUUUUUUAUACAGGUAUUUUUAAUUCUCUCAUGUGACAUAAGCAUUGUUCAGUAAAUUUCAGAACAGUUUGUGAUAUUCUCACUUUUAUUUAGACACUAUUGAAUCUUAGCUAAAUGUUAUGCUAAAUGUAAUGUGAUCAGCGUGAUCAGCAGAGCGUAACUUCCUAUAUAAAAUAAAUACAAUAUUGCUUCUCAA